AUGGCGUGCGCCCUCCUGCUCGCCGGCGCCCUCGCCGCCGCCGCGGGCUCCGGCCCGCCCUGCGGCCCCGCGGGACUGGGGCGUUUGGCCCAGGCGCUGCAGCUGGGCUGCCUGGGCGGUGCCUGGGUCGCCGCGGCCGGGGCCGGUGACAGCAGCGGCGGCGGCCACGGCGGCUUCAACGCGGAUUACGUCUUUGUCACGCCGGUAGAAGUGGACUCGGGCGGGUCUUACAUUUCGCAUGACAUUUUGCACAACGGCAGGAAAAAGAGAUCGACUCAGGGUGCCAGGAGCUCCCUGCACUACCGGUUUUCAGCAUUUGGACAGGAACUACACUUAGAACUGAAACCCUCGGCGAUUUUGAGCAGUCACUUUAUUGUUCAGGUACUUGGAAAAGACGGUGCUACAGAGACUUGGGAACCUACGGGGCAGCGAUGUUUCUAUCAGGGAUUUAUCAGAAAUGACAGCUUCUCCUCUGUUGCUGUGUCUACCUGCGCUGGCUUGUCAGGUCUGAUAAAGACGCGAAAAAACGAAUUCCUCAUCUCACCGUUACCUCAGCUGCUGGCCCAGGUACAUAACUACAGUUCCCCGGCAGGCCACCAGCCUCAUGUACUGUAUAAAAGAACAGCCGAGCAGAAGAUCCAGCAGUACCACGGCUACCCCAGCUCUCACCAGACUUCUCCCGGUCACUCCCCAGGCCAGAGCCCCCCGGCACCCCAGAGUCAAGAGACAGAGCACCACCCCCAUCGAAGGUGGCAAAGGCAACAUUUUUGUGGACGACGCAAGAAAUAUGCCCCCAAGCCUCCUUCAGAGGACACCUACCUGAGGUUUGAUGAAUAUGGGAGCUCAGGGCGGCCCAGAAGGUCAGCUGGAAAGUCGCAGAGGGGCCUCAAUGUGGAAACCCUUGUGGUGGCAGACAAGAAGAUGGUGGAGAAGCAUGGCAAGGGAAACGUGACCACGUACAUUCUCACAGUCAUGAACAUGGUUUCCAGUUUGUUUAAAGAUGGGACUAUUGGCAGUGACAUCAACAUCGUUGUGGUGAGCCUCAUUCUUCUGGAGCAGGAGCCUGGAGGAUUGUUGAUCAACCACCAUGCAGACCAGUCUCUGAAUAGCUUUUGUCAAUGGCAGUCCGCCCUCGUGGGAAAGAAUGGCAAGCGGCACGACCACGCCAUCCUGCUCACGGGCUUCGAUAUCUGCUCCUGGAAGAAUGAGCCGUGUGACACUCUAGGGUUUGCACCCAUCAGCGGAAUGUGCAGUAAGUAUCGAAGUUGUACCAUCAAUGAAGAUACGGGACUUGGCCUGGCUUUCACCAUUGCUCACGAGUCAGGGCACAACUUUGGCAUGAUUCAUGAUGGCGAGGGCAACCCCUGCAGGAAGGCAGAAGGCAACAUCAUGUCUCCUACGUUGACUGGAAACAAUGGAGUGUUUGCGUGGUCUUCCUGUAGCCGCCAGUACCUCAAGAAAUUCCUCAGCACACCUCAGGCUGGAUGUCUAGUGGAUGAACCCAAGCAAACAGGGCAAUAUAAAUAUCCGGACAAACUCCCAGGACAGAUUUAUGAUGCCGACACUCAGUGCAAGUGGCAAUUUGGAGCCAAAGCCAAGUUAUGCAGCCUUGGUUUUGCGAAGGACAUUUGCAAAUCACUGUGGUGUCACCGGGUGGGCCACAGGUGUGAGACCAAAUUUAUGCCUGCAGCCGAAGGGACCGUGUGUGGCUUGAGUAUGUGGUGCCGGCAAGGUGAAUGCGUGAAGCUUGGGGAGCUGGGGCCCCGACCGGUGCACGGCCAGUGGUCCACCUGGUCGAAGUGGUCAGAAUGUUCUCGAACUUGUGGUGGCGGAGUCAAGUAUCAGGAGAGACACUGCAAUAACCCCAAGCCUCAGUAUGGUGGCAAGUUCUGCCCUGGAUCUAACCGUAUUUAUAAACUGUGCAACAUUAACCCUUGUCACGAAAACAGCUUGGAUUUUCGAGCCCAGCAGUGUGCAGAAUACAACAACAAACCUUUCCGUGGAUGGUUCUACCAGUGGAAACCCUACACGAAAGUGGAAGAGGAAGACCGGUGUAAACUCUACUGCAAGGCUGAGAAUUUUGAAUUUUUUUUUGCAAUGUCUGGCAAGGUGAAAGAUGGAACUCCCUGCUCCUCACACAAAAACGAUGUCUGUAUCGAUGGGAUUUGUGAACCUGUGGGAUGUGAUCAUGAACUUGGCUCUAAAGCAGUUGCAGAUGCCUGUGGCGUUUGCAAAGGUGAUAAUUCGACUUGCAAGUUUUACAAGGGCCUGUACCGCAAUCAGUACAAAGCGAAUGAGUAUUACCCAGUGGUCAUCAUUCCAGCUGGGGCCCAAAGCAUUGAGAUCCAGGAGCUCCAGGUUUCCUCCAGUUACCUGGCUGUUCGCAGCCUCAGUCAAAAGUAUUACCUGACUGGGAGCUGGCGCAUUGACUGGCCCGGGGAGUUCCCGUUUGCAGGGACCACGUUUGAAUAUCAGCGCUCCGCCACCCGCCCAGAGCGACUCUACGCAGCAGGACCCACCAACGAGACGCUGGUGUUUGAAAUACUGAUGCAAGGCAAAAAUCCAGGGAUAGCCUGGAAGUAUGCCCUUCCCAAGGCCCUGAAUGGAACCCCGCCAGCAACAAAGAAACCCCAUCACGCCUGGAGCGCUGUGCUCUCCGAGUGCUCUGUCUCCUGCGGUGGAGGUUACGUAAGUGUGAAGGCCAUUUGCCUACGUGAUCAAAGUACUCAAGUCAAUUCCUCAUUCUGCAAUGGAAGAACCAAACCAGCAACUGAGCCCAAAAUAUGUAAUGCUUUCUCCUGCCCGGCCUAUUGGAUGCCAGGAGAAUGGAGCGUGUGCAGCAAGUCAUGCGCGGGGGGCCAGCAGAGCAGGAAGAUCCAAUGUGUGCAGAAGCGUCCUUUCCAGGAGGAGGAGGAGGCGGUGCUACACUCCCUCUGCCCAGUGAGCACACCCACGCAGGUCCAAGUCUGCAAUAGCCACGAAUGCCCUCCAGAAUGGAGCCCGGGGCCCUGGUCACAGUGUUCCAAGACCUGCGGACGAGGCGUGAGGAGGCGUGAGCUCUUGUGCAAAGGCUCCUCUGCGGAGUCACUCCCUGAGAGCCGGUGCUCCGGCAGCCCCAGGCCCGAGGCGCAGGAGGGCUGCGUGCUGGGACGGUGCCCCAAAAACAACCGGCUCCAGUGGGUGGCCUCUUCGUGGAGUGAGUGUUCCACCACCUGUGGUUUGGGUGUGAGGAAGAGAGACCUGAAAUGCAGCGAGAAGACCUUGCAGGGGAAACUGGUCGUGUUCCCAGAGAGGAGAUGCCGGCAUAUGAAGAAACCAAACCUGGACAUGGAAGAAGCCUGCAACCGACGAGCCUGCCCAGUGUACAGCGUGGCUGCGGCCUGGUAUUCGUCACCAUGGCAACAAUGCACGGUGACCUGUGGAGGUGGAAUGCAGACCAGAUCCGUCCACUGUGUGCUGCAGGGCCGGCCCUCCUCCAGUUGUCUGCUCCACCAGAAGCCUCCAGGACUCCGUGCCUGUAACACGAACUUCUGUCCAGCUCCUGAGAAGAGAGAUGAUCCAUCCUGCGUGGAUUUCUUCAGCUGGUGUCACCUGGUUCCUCAGCAUGGUGUCUGCAACCACAAGUUUUAUGGUAAACAGUGCUGCAAGUCCUGCACAAGAAAGAGCUGA